CAAAACUAUUCAUCAUGACAAACCACUCGCGCAUCACUUGGAGGACAGCUAAACGGCCGAACUAUACCACGAACAUCGACAAAAAGUACCCCUACUCUGAAAUACCUUACAUGGGACAGUACCAAUUAGUGAAGAUCCCAGUUAACGACGAAUUGGUCCCUCUGGUCGAUUACUGGGGCGAAGGAAGGAUAAACUCGGAGUUCGGCGUCAGCGGCUUCGCUGACUGCUACAAUGUCAACCACGAGUACCAGCUUGUCAGCAACGGACCAGAUCGAGACUUCAAGAUCCCCAACCGAAUCCCAGUGUUCGACUACUCAAAUUGCGACACAAGCGCCUAUAUCAAGGAUAACUCCGUCAAAGUGGUCACGUUAAUGGGGUCGCCACUGAUCAAGAGCUGCGCUGAUGAUAUAGCGCGAAUGGUGAACGUGGAAGAAGGAAAGGUCAUCAUAUACGGUUUCUCGGAAAAUGCAGCAGAAGUGAGGGUCUUAGAGACUGCGCUGAACAAGAAAGGAUUGGUGUUUUGUCACGAAUACAGACUGCCCGAACUUUAUAAGACACUGACGCUAUUCGAUAGAUACAGAGCUUAUUUGAAUGUUAAAGAAAUAAGCGAAGAAUUGUACGAUAGUGUUAGCAACGCCGAGUACGACAAGGCAGUGAAUAUAAGCAAGGCUUUAGAUACAGGAGACGGUAGCGUCAUAGCAGAUACUGUUCAGAAACUACUUAAAAACUCUGUGAGAAACACGGUUGGGUACGCACACAGGCUUUGGAAUAACGACGCAGUUGCUAUAGUAGAAAACUACUUUCCGGUGUCAUUCAAGCUGAUUCUGAACGGAAGCUUUGUAAAGAUAAUCAACAAGAAAGAGUUGAAGACCCUCAAGUUGGACGGAGACGAGCAAUGGCAGAUGACAGCAAUUCUUGAAGAUGGGAAGGUCAAAUUCCGGAUCAUGAACGUGAAGUUUAAGAUGUACUUAGGUUUAGACGAAAAGGAAGGCAGCGAAGACAGAAACGCCUACGGUUUCCCUGCAAACGAUACAACUAACAACUUGAAAUGGUCACUGUUGCCGGUUCACGAGGACGACCAGGUUUACUACGUGUUUUCCAACGAGAAGUAUGGCCAAGUGCUGAAAUAUCAUGAGACAGCUGAGUCGGAAGAGGUGCUGUUGGGACAUUCGCAUGAUGAAGACAAGGACAACGUAGAUCGGAUCGGAUGGUUUAUUGCGCCGUGGGAGCAGUGAAACAAUUGACUACA